CCGCCCAAGAAUCUCCCCGACAUGGUCCGCAGUCAUUUUGGCUCAAGCCAUUUGUACUCAAGGUUUGGUGCGACCCGACGUGACUUCCCGUUCCGUCUGAUAGUAUCCCAGUUCUCUCGAAGGACCGCGUGCGGGUUGUGCCAUGCCUCUCCCCCGGCCGGCGAGCAUCGACUCGAAGUACAGGAAGUUAUAUCUGGUCGUCUUAUGUGUGCUCGGCGUCGUAGCUGCUGCCUUCGUUUUCGGUAGUAUCAUGAUGGCUGUGAAUGCCCAUGACAAUCCACCGGUGCAGAUGUCGGUUGGGGCUUGGGGCGCUUUCCCCAUAUUCAAGCUUUGCUAUGGACCCAAGAGCUCCGCUCCAAACGUGACCACCGUUGUAGCCGGUAAGAUUAAACUGUUAGAUAAUGUUAUAAAUGUGACAACCGGAACCAAGGACGGAGCAGACGAUAUAAAGUUGACUCAUUCUGAACAGUGUGCGAUCGCCGAUCUUAGAGGGUUUGGCCCUGCACGCGAUUUCAACGGAGCGGCAGGUUUUUUCUUUGGCAUCACAAUCCCCAAAUCAGUACAUACUCAAAAUGCUUAUGCUAGCGUUUGGUAUCAAAGAGAUCCAAGCGAGAACGGGACUAGAUUGAUUUGGCUGCAUGUUGACCGUGCCCAAGAUUACAGCUUAGAGAAGACUGUGGAGGGUUGGACGCUCGGGUACCAGACCUCAUCAAUCGAAAGGUUGUCCGCUCGCAGCGUAUGGGAAUCGGAAAUAAACAAUUUCCAACGCGGCGAACAGCAAGUGUUCGAUCCACACGCCAAGCUGGGCAGAUGUUGGCCGAAGAAAGGUCAGGCGACUCCGCAGCGGAAAAAAAACAUUGUCUGCGCCAAUGUCAUCUUGAAGGUUUAUGAUCCCAUGGUGAUACAGACCCUCAAGGUUGGGAUCGUUCCGCAAAUACUUGGCAUACUGUCAUCGGUCGGUGGGCUCUCAUCUGUUGCAACUAUGUUCAUUAGCGUUCUGUUUGUCAAAAAGUAUGCUCGCGGCGAUGUUGCAGUUGCCUAUGACUCUGUCACCCUGGUGGGCACGCAAGUUGACGAGCCCGUGACUUUGGACAGUGUACCCGAGGUGCGUGACAUGUUCUUGACUCCAACUCUGGCAUCCCCGACACCCGCGCGACCGUCGACGUCUGCUCGAACACCAACACUCGCAGACGAGGACAAGGCAUCGUGCGCGAAGAGUCUCUUAUGGUGUUGCCGAAAGUAGCGUCCGAUGUUGGUGUCUAGGGGACAACUAUGGUCUCGUUUUUGGUUCGGCUUGCCCGUGCCAGUGGCUGGCUUACCCCUGCCGUUUCCAGCAGGUUUGCCUUGGUCGGUGGCGACGGGCGCCAGCCAGUGUUUUUUUUGUUUUUUUGAUGCCGCUUUUCAUUCUAGGCGGCGCACGUUCGCGGGUUUUGUGCCUCGAGGUAGAUGAUCAGGGGUCUGGAAGAGCACGACAGCCUCUAGUAUGCGUGGCCAACGGGGAGCGCAGUCUGUACUGGAGGAAGACAGCAGCCCAGUUGCUUGGAAUGUUUGGAUGCUCUAUGCAACGUUCACGGUUUGUGGGGAUGGGGAGAUGCAGCAGGAGGAGGAGACGGUGGAAGUGGAUGUGGAGAGGUUGAAGGGACAUCAUUUGUGUCUAAUCUUCGCCAGUCAAGACGAGGACACGUUCACGGGCCAUUGCAUUCUGCCCACCAAGAGUUUACAAUCGGUGGUGGGAGGGUUUCGUUGCUCCAUUGCUACGCGGGCUCAAUAGCCGGCAGUCGGGUUUCGUUGCUCCACUGCUACGCGGGCUCCAUAGCCGGCAGUCGUGGCAGCGGGCACGAACGCAUUGAGAUCGCCAUUAGUUAUGAGAAGAUUCGGUCGCUCCACAACGACGCGGAGUGAAUGAAUUGCUUGAUCGCCGGGUUCUUGGUUUCACUCCCUUUUAGUUUAGCGAUUCCAGAGACAAGUUCACGGGAGUCUUGCUUGCGUCAUCCAGUUGAGUUUCUCGUUUGGAAAAAAUUGUUAAGAAUGCCCAGGGAGGCUCCCGAGACCGCUCCCAAAGGCG